AGGAGCCAUGGCUGGCUGUGCUGGACGCUUUGCCAUUUAAACCUCCGUAGCCUCGAAUGCCGCAGCAGGGCCAAAUGCCGAUGCAGAGCCAGACCUGCAGAACGGUGCAUGGGAGAAUGGUAGUGAGCCCAUAAGACCAUGCUCUACACAAUGACAUGUUGGCUACAGGUCCUGAUCCUCCACCUGAUCCUCCUGAGCACUGACCUGGUCGCAGCCUGCCCAGCCCGCUGUGAGUGCGCCCCUCAGAUCAAGUCAGUGGUGUGCCAUCGCAAGCGGCUCACCUCCAUCCCCGAGGGCAUCCCCACCGAGACCAGGAUCCUGGAGCUCAACAAAAACCGCAUCCGCUGCCUGAACCCGGGGGACCUCUCCCCGUACCCCUUGCUGGAGGAGCUCGAUUUCAGCGAGAACAUCAUCACCAAUGUGGAGCCGGGUGCCUUCAGCAACCUGUUCAACCUGCACACCUUGCGGCUGCGAGGGAACCAGCUCAAGCUGAUCCCUCCAGGGGUCUUCACCAAGCUGACCAACCUCACCCUUCUGGACAUUAGCGAAAACAAAAUUGUCAUCCUGCUGGACUACAUGUUCCAGGACCUGCGAAACCUGAAGAGCCUGGAGGUGGGCGAUAACGACUUGGUGUACAUCUCCCAGCGAGCCUUCUCUGGGCUGCUCGGCCUGGAGCAGCUGACCAUUGAGAAAUGCAACCUGACCUCCAUCUCGGCAGAGUCACUGUCCUACCUCCAGAAUCUGGAGGUGCUCCGGCUCCGGCACCUCAGCAUCUCCGCGCUGGAAGAUCAGAACUUCAAGAAACUCUACAACCUCCUGCAGCUGGAGAUUGACAACUGGCCACUGCUGGAAGACGUCUCCCCCACCAGCUUCCAGGGCCUGAACCUCACCUCGCUCUCCAUCACCUACACCAACAUCACAGCUGUGCCCACAGCUGCCUUGAGGAACCUGGUGUACCUCAGGUACCUGAACUUGUCCUACAACCCCAUUAGCACUGUGCUGAAGGGCUCCUUUAAAGACCUAAUCCGGCUCCAGGAGCUCCACAUUGUGGGUGCUCUCUUGGUCUCUGUGGAGCCACAGGCUUUCUCUGGCCUGAGACAAAUCCGGCUCCUCAACCUCUCCAGCAACUUCCUCUCCACGCUGGAGGAGACCACGUUCCACUCUGUCAACACGUUGGAGACACUGCGUGUGGACAAGAACCCCCUGGCCUGUGACUGCCGCCUCCUCUGGAUCCUGCAGCGACGGAAGACGCUCAACUUUGACGGGCAGCAGCCCAUGUGCUCCUCACCACCUGAGAUACAGGGCAAUGCCCUGCGCGACUUCCCGGAUUCCAUACUCUUUGAGUACUUCACCUGCCAAAAGCCCAAAAUAAGGGACCGGAAGCUGCAGCACGUCACAGCCCGGGAAGGACAAUCUGUCUCCUUCCUCUGCCGGGCGGACGGGGAGCCAGACCCCUCCAUUGUGUGGGUCUCCCCCCAGCACCGCAUGAUCACCACCAGAAGCACAGGGCGGGCGAUAGUGCUGCCAGGGGGCACACUGGAGAUCCGAUUUGCCCAGGUUCAAGAUAGCGGCACGUACAUUUGCAUUGCCAGCAAUGCAGGGGGCAACGACACCUACUUUGCCACCCUGACAGUCAAGGGGCACCCGGCCGAUAGCUCCCUGUAUGCAAACCGGACUUUGUACCUCAGCGAGUUCAAUGACACCUACCACAAUGACACACAAGUCUUCUUAAAGUUUACACUGGACCUCAAGACCAUCUUGGUCUCCACGGCCAUGGGCUGCAUCACCUUCCUUGGGGUGGUGCUCUUCUGCUUCCUGCUCCUCUUUGUGUGGAGCCGAGGCCGGGGGCAGCACAAGAACAACUUCUCCGUGGAGUACUCCUUCCGUAAGGUGGACGGCCCCACGACCACCACAGGCCAAGGAGGAGCCAGGAAGUUCAACAUGAAGAUGAUCUGAGCCUUUCCCAAGGAGAAUCGUUCUCUUCUGCCUGUCCCCAAAUGUGGCCAACACAGGCCGGGGCUGGAGUGGGGGAGACUGGCUUUGGAGCAUCCGUUCUUUGUUUUCCAGUGACAUCCUUUUCCCCUCCAGCAUGCUCACGGCGAAGCUAGGUCUGCUGAGAUGUUGGCUGAGGCUCACCACCAGGGCUCUGCGGUGGCUGGGAGACGUGACGAAGGCGUCUCGCAGGCAGGGCCAAGCAAGAACUGCACUACACAUACCUCGGGGUCAGGGACAACCUGCCAAAACCCCAGGCUGCCCUCCCACAGGGCAGAAGUGGCUUGGAGGUGGUCACGGCUCGAGGGCUUUGGGAGACUCCCAAUGUAGCUAACGUUCUUGUGUAUCAACUAUGCAUUUCUCAAGCGAUGAGGUGAGCAGCAUUUGAGCCUGGGGAAAAACCUGCUUCCUUUUUUUCUCCUUUUCCCUUUUUUUUUAGAGAGAUUCCAGAAAAUUUCAUGGUGAUUGUUUAUGAUUCUUCUUUUUUUCUUUCCUCCUCCAAAAAUUUUUUUAAUGAAUUUCCAAGAGAAAAGUCUUCCGAUGCAACACAGGACUGGAGCGCUGGGGGACGCUGCUCCAACACGGGUACCCCAGCUCUCUCUCCCCCCCCCCUCGGCAAAGCCAGAGCCCCGCAGGGCAUGGCUGUGCCUUGAAAGCUUGUUGGCAGAUUUAAUAAGUGGCAUCUGCAAACCUGGGUGCCCAGGGACACUCCUGCAAAAGCAAUAAUAACCCACCUCGGCAGUCUCGGCUGGACUGUGCCAACACUGCUCCAAAAAAAAAAAAGGGAAAAUGAGGCAUCAGUCGUAGGCACCAUCGUUAGGAGGAACAGCUGCAUAGCAGGUCCCAUUGUUGCAUCCACACAGCUGUUCUCCAGGUGUGACCUACCUGGGAUGGGCAGUCACACCUGAGGUGACACCUGGGGCCAAGCUGGGAGCAUGGGGAGGAAGGGCAGCUCCCGGCAAGCUCAGCCCAUGGCGGUGAGGGAAGGUGGAGGCUGAGUCAGUGCCCCAGGCCCAGCCGGGAGAGCAGCAUCUCCUCUUGCGGGGGGAUGGUGACACUGUGAGUGAACUAGUUUGGGUCACUCAUCCUGCUCCAUCCAUAGCUCCUGACACUGGGGCCUGGGCUUCCCAGGCAUCUUAUCGGGGGUGGGGAGGGGGAAUGCAUCUGAGCUUCAGCUCUGAGGUCCCAAGUUAUCUUGUUAGCAUCUGUUCCCCCCAGGCAACUGCACAGGCAAAUUAGGUGAGCGCAUGUGAUUGCUGGGCCAGGUGCAAAAGGCAGGGGCAGUUUUGAGGCUA